AUGUUCUGCGAGCUGCCACAAUUUGCCAGAUGCUGUCUCUGCAUGCCCUUGAGAUGGGGUGUUUUGACGUUUGGAUACUUAAACAUAAUCUUCUCCAUGUUUGGGUUAGGGGUGUACAGUUAUUCGGUGCACAGCGAAUAUGGAGUGGUGCUGGUGUACCGCGGCGUGGCGACUCCGGCUGAGGCGGAGAUAUGCAUUGCUCUUUACUGUGUUGAUAUCUUGUUCAAUGUAUCACUGGUGUAUGGAGCUCAUAAGCAAAUUGUAUCACAUCUGAGGAUUUUCUACUAUUACACACUCACCAUGACCUUUGCGGUGGUAAUCAUGGAAAUAGUAUCUUUAACAGACAUGAGAUACUACUUCGAGAUAGAGCUGAUUACUUUCUUCUUAGUAGGAUUAUGCAUUCAUCUCUACCUACUGUUCUUAGUGCGAAGUCUUCUGCAGAAGAUGGACAAUUCAGGAUGCGCCUACGAGAAUCAACUCCACCAGUUCGUCAACGGAGAAUUGAAAGUUGAAGGGAGUGGAAUAUAUCCCAGCACGGUUGUGCCUAUUGAAAAUGCG